UAUUAUAUUUUUAAAGAUUUUAAAAUCAGAAUUUUAAGAAUUUUUCUCAGCUUUGAUCGAUUUUAGUGCGACAAAGAAAAUGGCAAUCAAAACAAAUGUAAUAGACAAGGAAAAUAUUUUGGAAAUAGGAUGGUUUGGAAAAAUAGACAAAUAUUUAUCGAAGGUAGUUCCGAAUGGCAUAGUAAAAAUCAAAGAUGCAAAUAGCAUGAUACAAUUAGGUUCGGAAAUAAAAAAUAACUAUAUGCGAGAGAUGAUGAGUCAAAUGAAGGAAAUGAUGAAACUACAAAAAGAAUUCGAACUGGAAUUGGUGUUAAAAAAAAAAAUAAGUCCGUUAAUUGCAAAUAAGUCUGUCCUAGAGCAUCCCGUCGUUGCUCAAAGGCUGAAAGCAGAAAGAUUGCUUAAAAUCAACAAGGAAAAGCCGAAAAAACACUAUCCGCGGUCGUAUGUCAAAGAAUUUGAAAAAAUUCAGUGUAAAAAUAUUCCGUCAGAAGUUGAACAAAUGGGUAUAAUAUACAGGGAACUGAAAUUCGGAGAAAGUUGUGUUUUCGAUUAUCACAAACACGGGAGAAAUCUAAAACGAAAAAUGAACGAACAUAACAAAAAAAUUGGACUACACCUACCACGAUCACACUUACCAGUCAAAAUAAACGACGUACCCUUAAACACAAUGACCAAGAUGAAUAUAAACAAUCUUCAAGACCUCAAAAUCUUCCAUGAAAUGGCCAACAAACUAAUUAAAGAACCCUUUCACGGCUGUUUUUAGACCUCGAGAUCGGAACGGACGCACAUCCAUCCAUUUAUAUACUAAAAUAUAAUACAUUUCACAUAAUAUUUUAUCUCAUCUAGUUAAGAGUUUGUCAGCCACAUAUCACAACGCAACUUUAAAUUCAAUAUUGAAUACACUUCAAUGAAAUUAUAAGUACCUACCUGAUGAUUAUUUUUCUUUUGUGCACAA